GUCAUCCCACUUACGUUCAAUUCAACGGUUUAUUCCUGUUUUGAGGCGGCCAGAGAAAAACGGUGCUCAUUGUUGUGAAGCUUAAACCCUAGCCUCCUCCAUAGAAAUCUCCAAUCUUCAAUCCUAUCUAAACAAUUAGUCUUUCACACCCAUCGAUUAAUGGCUUCUCUCAAACUCUUCCCUAACGUUUCCGUAGCAGUUUCAUCGUCCAACAGCCUCCCCCGUCGGUUCGAGAAGGGGAGGGUGAGUGCUUGCCUCAACGUCGAUUUGCAAGCUGUGGAUUCGUUAAAAGUGGAGAAAUUGAAUGCAAGCAAUGAGGUGAUGGAGGCAGAGAAGAGGGUUCUGGUGGGGACGUACGCGAGAGCUCCAGUGGUGCUUUCCAGUGGUCAGGGGUGUAAGUUGUAUGAUCCGGAGGGGCGAGAAUAUCUGGAUUGUUCUUCUGGGAUUGCUGUCAAUGCGCUUGGACACGGGGAUCCUGACUGGGUCAGGGCGGUGACUGAGCAAGCCAACGUGCUAACCCACGUUAGCAAUAUCUACUAUUCGGUUCCUCAGGUGGAGCUUGCAAAACGUCUUGUGGCUUGUUCUUUUGCUGAUCGUGUAUUUUUCUCAAACUCUGGAACAGAAGCAAAUGAAGCUGCAAUUAAAUUUGCGAGAAAGUUUCAAAGGUUUUUACAUCCUGAUGACAAGCAGCCUGCAACAGAGUUUGUUUCUUUUACUAAUUGCUUUCAUGGUAGAACCAUAGGGGCCCUUGCUUUGACAAGUAAAGUGCAUUAUCGUUCACCAUUUGAGCCUGUCAUGCCUGGAGUUACUUUCCUGGAGUAUGGCAACAUACAAGCUGCAAAGGAGCUGAUCCAAUCUGGCAAAAUUGCCGCUGUCUUUGUAGAGCCUCUCCAGGGAGAAGGUGGAAUAUAUAGUGCAACAAAAGAGUUUUUGCAAUCCUUGCGUACUGCUUGUGAUGAUGCUGGAUCCCUCCUGGUUUUUGAUGAGGUUCAAUGUGGUUUGGGCCGGACUGGUUAUCUCUGGGCACAUGAAGCAUAUGGUGUAUUCCCUGAUAUGAUGACUCUUGCCAAGCCCCUUGCAGGAGGUCUUCCCAUAGGAGCUGUUUUAGUGACAGAAAGAGUUGCAUCUGCCAUAAACUUCGGAGAUCAUGGAAGCACUUUUGCUGGCGGUCCUCUUGUCUGUAAUGCAGCCAUCACUGUCUUUGAUAAAAUUGCAAAUCCUAGUUUCUUGGCCAGUGUCUCAAAGAAAGGUAAGUAUUUCAAAGAACUAUUAGUUCAAAAACUUGGAGGAAACGCACAUGUGAAAGAGAUACGAGGUUUGGGUCUCAUAAUUGGGAUAGAUCUGGAUGUUUCUGCAUCACCACUUGUAGAUGCAUGUCGGAAUGCUGGUCUCUUGAUAUUAACUGCAGGAAAAGGAAAUGUUGUGAGGCUCGUACCACCUUUGAUCAUCUCAGAGCAAGAAUUGGAGCGUGCAGCUGAGGUUAUUCGUCAAUGUUUCCGAGUCCUUGAUAAUAAUAAUAGUAACUGAACGUAAGAGAAUUUGGUAAAGAUUAUUCAGUUUAAGUAGUAACAUGAUAAAUUUUUAUGUUAUGUUCCCAUUUGAAAUACUAAACUAGUAGAAGUUUAGAACAAUGAAAAUCCAGAGUGAUGAUCUACUGGUUUUAGUCAAGCUUUCUUUCCUGUUAAACAUCCAGUUUUGUGUAUAUGGCAAGUUUGCUAUUAAAACCAAAAUAAUUUCAAUUUGUACCCUUUUAAGUUGGAGGGUGGCUUUUGGCUAUGUAAUCUGGUUUCAAGGAUCUAUGGUAGGGUUAACUGUGUG